CCGGCCUCUUUAAGGGCUGAGGAGGCUUCGCUCCCGAGGUUAGCGAAAGGAGAGCACAGAGGAAGAAGAAAUGUCUCCUGGGCUCCUAACAGACAGCUCCCAGGAGUCAGUGACAUUCAAAGAUGUGGCUGUGGACCUCACUCAGGAGGAAUGGAGGCAACUGAACUCUGCCCGGAGGGACUUGUGCAGGGAAGUGAUGCUGGAGAACUAUAGGAACCUAGCUUCAUUAGGGCAGCCAGUUUCCAAACCAGCUGUGAUCUUCUUGAUGAUGGAGCAAGGAAAAGAACCCUGGAUGGUGCGGAGAUCAGUUUCAAGAAAUCACUUCCCAGCCCCCACCUCUGCCUGAGCUCCACUACCACAUCACGGACUACCUGUUG